AUGCGGUCUUUUUUCAAAAGGCCAUCCUGGGCAAGUAGAGGAGAAGAAAGCAUUCAGUCCGAUUUCUACCGCCGCUCAGGACAGGUUUAUGCAGACAUAAUUGCCUCGAAUAAGGAGGCGCGAGAAAGCCUCACCACCAGUGUUGGUGACUCCCCAGUAGAGGAUUCUCAGACAUACAAAUUCCACUGCAUUUCUGGCAAAGAUGAUAAUAUCUGUUAUGACGCACCAACUGAUACUGGGGGCCCCAAUCUGAGCCCCACAAUAAUCAAUGACCAGGAAUCAUUACACAUGUCACAAAACACUCUCCCCCAGAAUGAACCCAAGGAGGAGCAGCGCAUUGAUCGCCACACGUCGAAAAUUGCAGGCCCAGGUAAUAUCGACCCUGCAGAUGAUGUUUUUGCCAUCCUCAAUUACAGUGAACAUGGCCAGAAAACAAGACUUGAUAAUACGCUGCCUUGUGAGCCGACACAGGAAGAUCCAGUCGUUCAGAUACUCAUCACAUCAGAAAUUGAAAAUUCAAAGCCGUUGAUUGUUCAUCGAAAGAUGUCUCAGCCAUUGAAGGAUGUUCGCUUGGCUUGGUGUAAACGCCAAAACUUAACAGAUAAAUUGCAGUCCUCUGUGUUUUUGACAUGGAAAGGCAGAAGGUUGUUUGAUGUCACUACUUGCAAUAGCCUGGGGGUUGAUCGAUGGCGUUUCCCCGCUAUAGAUGAUGAUGCACAAGUUGGCGAUGGAAGCCUGCGUAUUCACAUGGAGGCAGCCACGGCAGAACCUUUGAAUUUCACCAAAAAACCAACUUUGUCUGCUACGAAUUUAAGCGCAGGCUUGGAAUCUACAGACAUUGAAAGCACGGAGCAAGAUGCUUUGAUUAGGGUCAUUUUGAAAUGUCCGGGGUUGGAUGAUUUUAAAACAAAAGUUACCCCGAAGACACAAAUAUCACGCCUCGUUGCUGCAUUUCGAGGUUCAAAACAACUCCCUUCGGACAAACAUGUGUAUCUCUUAUUUGACGGUGACCGCUUGGAUCCGAACAAUUGUCUUGUGGACUAUGACAUUGCAGAUCUUGAUUUGGUGGACGUCAUCAUUAAAAAGCACACAUAG